CAGAACGCACCGUUUAGUGCAACGCGUCUCUUAGAGUAACUGAUGCACGAGCGCCAACCGAACCAAUCACGUCCUGCCAUGUCCUCCGUCUCAAUACACCUUGAAAGUUGACGAGAAGCAUAAACCCCUCCCACAUUUUUCUCCGAUAGAACCAAAAAAAAAAAAGAAAAAAAAAGAAAAAGAAAAGAAAGGGGACUGGGAAGCAGAGGCUACUCUUUCAGGCAAUUUCACGGCGAUAUCCCGGAGACAGAUGCACUUUUUGCAGUUGUAGAUGGACAAUGAAGGCAGUCAUCAACCCAAGCAAGAACGUUCAAGGACUAGGUGGACAGCUUCCCUCGAUAAGACAUUCGCAGACUUGGUUGUUAAGCAGAUUCAACUGGGAAACAGACCCAACAAUGUCUUCGACAAGAAAACAUGGAACAUUAUUCGUGACGAGUUUAACAGGCAAACAGAUCUCAACUUCAACAACAAUCAAUUGAGGAAGCACUUGGAUGUUCUAAGGACGCGCUUCUACGGUCUCAAGUCAGCUUAUGAUCAAACUAAUGACUUCACUCUGGAUGAUUCUUGUUGUAUCGAGUUUGCUCACCUGUGGGAAGACCUUGGGGUACAGCCUAGGCCUGAAACAAUUAAAGUCAAGGACUGUCCCAUAUAUGAUCAGCUCUGCACAAUAUUCGCAGACUCAACCGCAGAUGGGAAGUAUGCCCAAUCUAGUCACUAUGGGGGGUUGGACAAGUCCGCCGGAAUAGACAAUGCAGGUUUGAGUUCUUAUCCUGACUGUGAAGCCCCUCCUCAUUCUGAAAUCCCACCAUCCUCAAAGCCUGUGCAAGGAAAUGCAUUAUCAGCAGAAAAGGUGCCCAAGGUUAUAGCAGAGAGAAAAAGGAAACGUCCAUCUGAGACACACUCUUCUGAGGAUCAAAGAAGCAGAAGGGAUCAAGAAAUAUGUGAUACCAUGGCACAAGCCAUGCGAGAGAUGAUUGCUGCCUCAAAGUUGAGGAGAGCCACGGCAAUGCCUAGUGACAAAUUUUCGAUAACAAAUUGUAUUAGAGCACUGGAUGAGAUAGAAGGCAUUGGCGGACAGCUCUACUUUCGGGCACUGGACCUGUUUGAGGACCCCAAUUUAAGGGAGACCUUCCUCUCUUUAAAAGGCAAUCAAAUACGGUUGACUUGGUUGCAAGCCAAGUGCAGUAAAACUGCCUAUGGUUAGAGGUUAGGAGAUGAACUUUUUGGCUAAAGGAUAGAGGUUAGAGGUUAGGGGUUAGGGUGACUUUUCCUUUUAGUGAAAACUUAUAAAAAUGGCACCUCAUCUUCAAUGACAUAGCUAGGUUUUUAUUAUGAUAUAUGGUUUCAGGAUUGUUGGAAAUUUGUUCACCCCUUGGAACUUGCAAGCAGCAGAAUUGGGCAUAUAUUUAACAAUAUAAGGAGUGAGUUUAUCUUCAAAAAGACCUCCUCGGACCGCAAGUUCUUGGGACGAGAACCAUUUGGGUACGGUGGCCUUAAGAUAAACAAAAAGUCCCAUAUUUUUCAGAUACCAAGUAGUUGAACUUGAGGCUCAACCAUAUCAACGAAUUGAAAGAAGCAUUCGCAUGAGCUUGUACACCACAUAAAAUCUGGUUUGGUUUUACCAUUAAUGGGUUCCAAAUUAGCAAGUCUCAUUUUUAUCUCUUAA